AUGAAUGACGAGUUCAGUAAAUACAUCCACAGCAGGCUAAUCGAGGAUGUGCAGAUUGUACUAUUCACGGACUUGAUGGCCAAUUUCUCGAUUUGCAGUGGAAAAGCGAAAAAAGCGAUGUAUGAUUUCUACAAGACAACGACUUCUAAGGUGAAUUGUGUGAUAGUCUGUGGAUACAAGAACGGGCUUAUUCAAAUUAUCGAUAAUCUGAAGGACUUCAAAGAUGAUGAUGAGCUUCUGGACGUUUUCAUUUACGCGUUCAAUCCCAUGAAUCAAUUUGUUCCAGUCAAUGCAAUGGUCAAGAGGCCAGUAGCAAUUAGCAAUUGCUAUGAAGUAGCACAUGAGAUAUUACCAGCAGCACCAGUAGUACCGACUAAACUAGAUGUCGAAGAAACAGAACCUUCAACUGACGUUAGACCAGAACAAAAAAGUUUGCCAGCUGGGACGAAAAGGGUAGCAACGAGAGCUCAAACGUUGCCCGCCAAGCCACGCGGCUCGAAACCUCAGCCGAAAGCUCCAGUCAAGAGUGCAGGAGAACUGAGAUCCACGGUUCUACUACAAAAAAUGCGACAGGAACGCGAAGACAAGGAACGCGAUCGGCUCGAAGAAUUACACAAGCGCCGUCAAUUACAGCAGCAGAAGGCUAACAACGAUCCAAAACGAAAACAGGAGAUGGAAGAACUUUCGAAGAUGUUUGAUAGCGAAGAGGAGCAGGAAGGGAGCGAACUCGAACAACGCGAAAACGAACAUGAAGAGAGCCAGCCUGAGCAAGAAGAUAGCGAGCCCGAACAACGCGAGAACGAGCUUCCUUCCACGCUUGAAAUGGCGAAUCCUACCGAGGCCGAACUAGGUGAGUUACUAGAGACAACUGCCGAAGAAUCACUUCUGGAGAUUAAAGCAGAGCCUCGAGAACCUGAAGCACAAGAAGACACCUCCCUUAUGUUUGUCGAUGACGAAGGCUACACCGUCACACAAAAGCCAUCCCAAAAGACAUCGUCAACUCCUGUGAAACGGCCUACAAAAGCGGUUUCAACGCCAUCAGAACCUGAGUCUAAAAAGCGAAAGCAACAAUCUCUCAUGAACUUUUUCAAUAAACGCAAGUGA